AUGGCGAAUCUCGUGGAAGCAGCGUCGCAGCAACAGUUUGAGGAAAUCUUGGCUAAAUCUGGGAAAUGCCUGACCGUGGUGCACUUCCAGGCGGCGUGGGCUCCGCAGUGCGCGCAGAUGAACGACGUGAUGGCCGUGUUGGCAGCGCAGCACGCCGGCAGCACGUUCGUGAGGCUGGAGGCCGAAGCGGUGCCGGAGGUGUCGGAGAAGUACGAGAUCAGCUCCGUGCCCACGUUCGUGUUCUUCCGCGGGGGGCAGAGGGUGGACCGGCUGGACGGGGCCAACGCUCCGGAGCUCACCAAGAAGGUUCAAAAACUGUCUGUCACCGGUGGAAGUGCCGCCGCUGAACCGGGCCCCGUGGACCUGAACGCUCGCCUGAAGAAACUCAUCAACAGCGCCCCAUGCAUGCUGUUCAUGAAAGGCGCGCCCCAAGAGCCCCGCUGUGGCUUCAGUCGGCAGAUCGUCGCCAUCCUGAAAGAGCACGACAUCCAGUUCGCCAGCUUCGACAUCCUUUCCGACGAGGAGGUCCGCCAGGGCCUGAAGACCUACUCCAACUGGCCCACGUACCCGCAGCUGUACGUGAACGGCGAGCUCAUCGGGGGGCUGGACAUCGUGAAAGAGCUGGCCGAAUCUGGGGAGCUGGCGAGCACGUGUCCCAAAGCGGUUUCACUGGAGCACCGUCUCAAAACCAUCAUCAACCAAAGCCCGGUGAUGCUGUUCAUGAAGGGGAACAAGGAAGGAGCCAAGUGUGGCUUCUCUCGGCAGAUUUUGGAGAUUUUGAACGAGGUCGCCAUCGAUUACGACACGUUUGACAUUCUGCAAGACGAAGAGGUGCGACAAGGGCUGAAGACCUACUCCAACUGGCCCACGUACCCGCAGCUGUAUGUGAAGGGGGAGCUGAUCGGAGGACUGGACAUUGUCAAAGAGCUAAAGGAAAACGGAGAGUUGAAGUCUGUGCUGCAGGGAGAGUCCUAAAAGUGAGAGUCAUAAAGAUUUAAAGGGCCCAGAUUACACUAUUUUCUGAUUUUCCUUGUAAUGUUUCCUCAUCAAAAACAUAGUUUUGUUUCAUUCACACAUCCUGUUCCAUCUUGUGAUGUCAUGUGAUAAUACAGGAGGUGCUCCACUGAGGUUUUAAGCACCAGAGUCUUUCACUAAAGCCUUUCAGAUCAUUUCAGUUACCGUAUUUUCUGGGCUAUUAGGCGCUCUGGAUUUCAAGACGCACUGUCAUUAAAUGGUCUAUUUUCAAACUUUUUUCACAAAUAAACCACACUGGACUUUAAAGGAAACCCAACAGUGUGAUGGGUGAGUGGUUUUGUUUGUUUGUUCGUUCACGGUGACUCUGGGCUUUGUUCAGUUGUGGCGUGUAGGGAGGGUGCUGUCUGGGACCAACGGAUUGUCGUCGUGUUCGCAGUGACUCAGUUGUUCAGUUGUGUCGAGAAGCGGCACAUUGGACUCACUUUUUCGGUUGGUUCCUUCGUUCCGUUCCUCGUCGGCGUGAGUGUGUCUGUGGGUGUUUUUCUCCGUGCGGUCGCUGUCUGCUAGGUGUGUGUUUGUGUGUUCUGCGGGUGGUGCGGCUUUGUAGUUUACUGAAGUCGUGCUGGGACACCCGAGUGGAUUCGUGUAUAGGGUGCUCUGGAUUGUUGGGCGUGCAGUCAUUUUUGGAUGAGGUUAGAGGCUUAAGAGCGCAUCUAAUAGCCCGGAAAAUACAGUACCUAUAUCUACUGCACAAAAAGUAAAAUGUAGCUGUAACAUGAAAACUACCACUUCAUGGCAUCACAAGAUGGAACAGAGCAGUUUGAGCUUUGGAGAUGUACACAGCUCAUAAAUACAGGGUUACUCUAGCACAGGGUCUCCAACCGGUAGAUCUCCACCCCCUUCUAAGUAGCUUACUAAGAAAUUUCUGAAUUAUACAUGUUGUACUGCAUAAGUCCAAUUGUAUUCAUGAAAUGCCUAUUACCGUUGUGAAUACACAACUGGUCAAAAGUUUUAGAACACUCCCAUUUUUCCAGUUAUUUAUUGCAGUUCUAUUCAUGCAAGUCCAAAGAAGAGCUUGAAAUGGUAUAAAGAUAAGAACGAACAAACAGAGAUGUGUGAAGAAUCCCUUAGUCGUCCAGGUAGAAUCCAGGGCGAGGAGAAAAUUCAGUUGGCUGAAGACUUGGAUGAGCUGCGAAACGUCUUCAACCAAACUAACUUUUGUUCAGUCGACAAACUGAAUUUUCUCCUCGCCAUGAACAGACAGAGGUUAAAAAAAUAGAUAAAAGAACAAAACACAAGUCCAAGCUCUGCCAAAACUACCUCAGGAAAAAAAAACUAAAAACUAAAAACUUGAAAACCUCGAGUGUCCAGCAGCACAGUGUCCAGACUUAAACCCCAUCGAGCUGGUUUGGGAUGAACUGGACAGAAGAGUGAAGCAACCUACAAGUGCCACACAUUUAUGGAAACUUCUGCAACAGACUUUCUGAAGAAUAUUUGAUUUCUAUUGUAAGAAGUUCUAUUGUGAAGUGUGUUCAGCUGUUAUAUCUGCCAAAGGUGGACACUUUCAUAGAAUAUGUUUUGGUCAACAGUAAAUGGUAAAAAACUGGAAAAAAUGUGGUGUUCUAAACCUUGUGACCAGUAGUGUAUAAAAUUGUGAUGUUUAACUUUGUGCACUAAUAAAAGGAUAAUGGUUUAAGUUUUAUUCACAUCUAAUUCUAACCCAUCUAAGCUCUGUGGCAUUUUCGUUUUCACCAGAGGAAAACGGUUGGAGACCCGUGCUCCAACAUGUGUGAAUGAACAAAACACAACUCUGGGUAUGUUUUUGAUGAGGUAACUACAUUCUAACAUGGCUUAAAGUUCACAAGAAUCCAUUUUGCAUAAUAUAGAGGCUUUGCACCGUCACGUGUCCCCCAUAGCAACAGUACCUACGCCACCAUGACACCGGGCACAGUGUCAUUGACUUCAGCAGCAUCAGAGAAACAUGAGCAGGUUUUGUUGUGUAUUUGGUUGUUCUAGACGCUCUGAACGGGAUAAAAUGAUUAAUUUCUUCACUGUUUCUCUGGAAAAGACUCAUCAGGAUCAAACAAGGGAAUUAUCGAAAAAAAGAUGGGAAUUAUGUCUAGAGAACAUAAACCGUGAACAGAUUUCCAAUGGUACCAUCAAGACACACUCACGUCACUUUCAUCAAGGUGUUUGCUAUUUAAAUUGUUUCAUAGCUUAUUUAAAGUGAGAAGCACAUUUACUGAACUAAAAUGUAAAAAGUAAACAUUUGCAGUGUGAGUGGCAGUAGAAACUGUAUCUUCCAGCGCACAUAUAUAAACAUGUCACUCGUCGUAGGACCAUGUUUUCUUUAUUGUUUUGUUUAUCCACAACUAUGUCUUCUAGAAUUUAUCACUUUUUGUGAGUGGAUCUUUGUAACGUUCGCGAGGAUCUUUUCAUGGCCGAUUCUUUCGAGGUUUGACUCACAGACUCUUCGACUCAUGCGUCAUGUUGAUCAUAGGAGCUCAGUGUGGGUUCAUUGAAUCGUAAACUAGUGCGGGUUUUCCUGGAUAAAUUAAUGAAAUUUUAGUUCAGUAAAUGUGCUUCUUUCCUUAAAUAAACUAUGAAACAAUUGAAAUAGCAAACACCUUGAUGAAACUUCAGGUGUCUUGAUGGUACCAUUGGAAAUCUCUUUGUGGUUUAUUUUCUCUAGCCAUAAUCUGCGUCUUUUUUUUGAUAAUUUCCUUGUUUGAUCCUGAUGAGUCAUUUCCAGAGGAACAGUGAAGAUACGAAUUGUUUUAUCCCUUUCAGAGCGUCUAGAACAACCAAAUACACAACAAAACCUGCCCAUGUUUCUCCGUUUCUUCCUGUUUCUUCUACUGAAGUCAAUGACAUAGUGUGUCCGGUGUCAUGGCGGCGUAGGUACCGUUGCCAUGGGGACACGUGAUGGCGCAAAGUCUCUAUAGGACCUUAUAUGGGGCCAUUCAAGCAAAUAAUCUCUACUAACUGCUGCAUUUUGGGACGGGGGAAAGAAGCUGUAGCCCAGGUGAACUGACAAUUUGAGAGACCAGCGCUAAAACAGGACAUUUAAACUUUGAGAGUUUUAAAAAUCUGAAAUAAAAUCUUCUUCUGUUGGAA